CGAGAGCUGCCCUCCGGAACAACUUCACGAUGCUGUACAGCAUACAGCUAUAUCAAUGUCUCCACUGAGUUUAACGAAGCCUCAAGACGUUACGCCACCCCCAAGUAUCAGAGAGCCGCCUUUGACACCUCCAUCAACAGACAAGAAGCCAGCUGCAGACGCGCAUCGCGUUAUCGCGCUUUUUGAAGAUAUCCAAGCAGGAAGGAACAUUAAAGGAGACAAUUGGAUAGAGUUUCAGCUUGCGAAAGGAGCGUUUGAUCAGAUACAGAGUACGCUCCGGCAAGACGGCCCGCUGUCGAAGUUUGUGGAAGCCAGUAUACGAUGUGACUACGACGAAGCCAUACGUCUACUAGUAGUUCGUAUGCCUACUGGGGUACACGAGUUCUUUAUCGACGAGGUGGAGGAUGACAUUCGGAGCCAGCUAAAAGUAAUCCGUAACAGACCUGACCGGACGGCUCAAUUCGCGCAGAAUAUACGACCGGCCCGAUCCACCGAAAUACGUUUCGCUACUAGCAAGUCGAGAUACCAUCCAGACAUAUCGUUCGGGCAUAAGGAUGCACGAUUUCCGGGCUUGAUCGUGGAAGUCGCAUUCUCGCAGGAGUAUAAGCACCUACGCCGGUUAGCUGAGAAUUAUCUUCUAGAUUCAGAUGCAAACGUACGGGUCGUCAUCGGCAUAAACAUUGCAUAUGGUAAGGUGUCGCGCAAAGCGACGUUAUCGAUUUGGAGGCCAAAGCUAUCUAAAACUCCGAGUGGAUAUGACUUAGAAGCCGAGGAAGAGGUGACGGAUGAGGUUUUCCGUGAUGACGAAGGUAACCCCGUUGAACACACCGGCUUACGACUCCACCUGAGCGAUUUCACCUGCAAAAGAAUUGCACAAGAGGAAAUGGGAGAUGAGGAUGCAGAAAUUUACAUUUCUGGGACACAGCUCUGCCGAUAUGUUGCUACAGCAGAGAGCAAUGUACAGCGAGCCAUGCGCGAGGAACCUUUGCCUGAUGGUAUCAACAUCAACAAACGAAGACGAUCGACAACGCCUCCUGAAGAGAUCAGAUCGGAGGAUGAAGCAAGGUACAUUAAGCAGGAGAAGAGAGCGGCGAAGCGCGGGGAUUAUGACGUUGAUUACGAGCAUAAAUAA